AUGGAUAGCAGAGUGCUCGGUGAUUUGUAUGAGGAGAUUUUUUGCAAGAUUGGAGAAGUGGAGAUCUUGCAUACACUCAAAUUCACAUACGAAAACGCCCACGUCUUUCCUCAGUCUUUCAUCGCAUACACCCUCCAAACUGGUCCAUCUUCUUACGCACGGAGCGUCGCUUACCCCUAG